AAGAAAAAUAGGUGAAAUAAACAAAGCAGCAAGCAAUAAGCAUAGAAGCUGUUCCUGAUUGAUUGAUUUUAUAGGAGUAAGCCAAAACGACGCCGUUGGGGUUCCCCUUAUAUAGGCAGAGACAGAGAGCGCGGCAGGGGAGGGAAACGGAGCAGCAGUGACCGGUUCAAAGGCAUCGCAUCGCAUCGCAACCCGCUCAGCCGGUCACAGCAGAAUGUCCUUCCCUCACCACCGUCGAUCCCAAUCGGAGCUGCAUUUCCGGAUCUCCGACGACUUCGACCUCGAGAUCGAUCUCUCUCCGCCGCAUUUCCAAGAUCCCACUCCGCUCUGCCAAUCCCCAUCCAAACCCCAAUCUCCGCCGCCCGACCCCGCCCACCGCCGGAGCAACUCCGCCGACGCCUCCUCCUCCUCCUUGCUCGAAGGCAUCGAGGCCAAGAAGGCCUUGUCCCCCGACAAGCUCGCUCAAUUGUGGACCGUUGAUCCCAAACGAGCCAAGAGGAUUCUGGCUAACCGCCAAUCCGCCGCGCGCUCUAAAGAGAGGAAGGCGUGUUACGUUUCGGAGCUUGAGAGAAAAUUUCAGUCUCUUCAAACGGAAGCAACCGCUCUCUCUGCUCAAUUAAGUCUUUUCCAGAGAGAUACAUCUGGUCUGACUACUGAAAAUACGGAGUUGAAGCUUCGGUUACAAGCCAUGGAACAGCAAGCUAAGCUAUGUGAUGCUCUAAAUGAAGCACUGAAGAAAGAAGUUGAUAGGCUCAGGUUUGCAACUGGAGAGAUGGCAAUGCAUACUGAUAGUUAUGGUUUGGGAAUGCAUCAACUUGCAUAUAAUCAACCUUCGUUAUUCUCACACCAGUCACAACAUAGGCAGAGCGAACAUCAAGCCAUGCAAAUGCCGCAGUUUCAUUCACUAUCAUCCAAUGUGCCUACUUCCCAUGAGUCUCUGUUUGAUCUAGACAUUCAAUUGUCAGAAAUGUUGUCGAGUGAUUCUAUCGGCCAAUUUCAGGGACUGGACAUAGGCAACGGGGUUUCUCAUGUUCCGGUGCCAGAUUGUUCCUCCAUUUCUGUUAAUAAAAUCAACAAUCCCUUUUGAUGCAAAUUUGACUGACCAACAUGUCACCAGCCUUUUUAUUGGAGUGUUCAUAGUCUGACAUGAGUGAGACCUAAAGGUAUUGAUUUUUUGUUUUUCUAUUCAAUUCUUUAUUUGAUCAAGUGCAUGUUUGGAUUAGUUUAUCUGGAAAAAAUAAUCGCUUAUUUUUUGCAGUUUUCUUUUAAGAAAAAAAGUUAUUAUUUCCCGAACAAUAAAUUUCAGUGUCCCCCCCUCCCCCGGUUAGGCUUUUAAAUUAAUUUAUGGAGUUCAGAAUGCGAUUGAGGUUUCUUCAAGUUGUAUAAUCCAUUCUGGUCCUUUUUUCACAUUAUUUUGUUACUGGGAGAAUCUGUACUUAAUUGCACCUUCCAUGCAAACUUCUCAGUUUGUGUACAUAUUUUUGCACUUGGCACAGACUAGCAGUUGUUUGUGACAGUUCUAAUUCUACCAUCUUGCUUAAAGAAUCAUUUGUCAUCAAUUUUAAUUGAAACUAUUCAUACAUAUGGACAUUGGUAUGGCAUGGAUGGACCAUCAUGUUUA